AUGGAGAGAGGAAACCACACGAGUGCCUCUGAGUUCAUUCUCCUAGGGCUCUCCAGCCAGCCUGAGAGGCAGGAGCUGAUCUUCUGGCUUUUCCUGGUCAUGUACCUGGUCGGAGUAGCAGGGAAUUUGCUCAUCAUCCUUGCCAUUGGUUCAGACUCUCACCUCCAUACACCCAUGUACUUCUUCCUCAGCAAUCUCUCCCUGGUGGAUUUCUGCUUCAUCUCCACCACAGUCCCCCAAAUGCUUGUGAACAUCCAAAUGCAGACUCAGUCCAUUUCCUAUGGUGGUUGCCUAGCUCAGAUCUACUUCUGCAUUUUGCUUGCCAACAUGGACAACUUCCUCCUGAUGGCAAUGUCUUAUGACCGUUAUGUGGCCAUCUGCCACCCCCUGCACUACUCCACUAUGAUGAGUCUGCAAACCAGUGCCCUGAUGCUGGGGAGCUCCUGGCUCAUCGCCGGCUUUCAUGCCUUGCUACACACCCUCCUCAUGGCUCAGCUGGAGUUCUGUGCCAGCAACAUCAUCCCUUACUUCUUUUGUGACCUUGUUCCCCUGCUCCAACUCUCCUGUUCCAACACCCAACUCAACCAGCUCAUGAUUCUGCUGGUGGGAGGCUUGAUCGUCCUCAUUCCCUUCCUUGGCAUUCUCAUCUCCUACAUCCACAUUAUGUCUGCUGUGCUCAAGGUCCCAUCUGCCCGGGGCAAACAAAAGGCCUUUUCUACCUGUGGCUCCCACCUCGCUAUAGUCAUCCUCUUCUAUGGGACCAUCAUAGGGGUCUACCUGAAUCCCUCAUCCUCCUACUCAACUGACAAGGAUUCACUGGCUUCUGUGAUGUAUAUGGUGGUCACUCCCAUGCUGAACCCCUUCAUCUACUGCCUGAGAAACAAAGACAUGAAGGGAGCUCUAAGGAAACUGUUUGGUGUGAAGAUUUUAUCCUGUGGGCUGUGA